AUGGGUGACCUGGCCUUUGGAAACCGUCGUCGCCCGCGCGCGGCGGGGCUGCUGCUCGCCUCCAGUGUCUUGUUGCUUGCAUUUUUGACGGUGGUGUGCGCUCCGGUGAGUGCUGAAGUGGUUGUAGCGCCACUCUGCGCCGAGAAACAUGGCUUCGCUGGUGAGUUCAACGACCACUACACCAUCCCGGUGGAGCAGGCACCAGCAGCUGGCGAGGCAAUCGUCCUUAUUGCACGUGCCUUUCCCCUCAAUCUUGGUAGCAUGCUGGCGCGGUGGUUGUAUAUCAAUGCGACUUACCGAAUCUCAGAAGGGGCGCAGCUCACAGAAAUGUCGGACAACAACGGCAUGCUGGAGCUCGCGAACGUGGCGGCUGGGACGGACAUCGAGGUGCGUGUGAUGCGCGUGCGCUCCGAUGGCCCGACCCCGUUUCGAUUUUUUAGCUUUUUUGCGAACAGCCCUGCCUGCCACGUAGCAGUAGCGCCGGACAACAGCUUUAUUGCUCCUGUGCCGCACAGGCUUCGCGCCACGCCGCAACUACCUCUGACCAUGUAUUUCAAGACGGUGCUGCCGCCAACCGUGAAUGCGCUUAUCGUUCGUGUUAGUGCCGACAGCCGUGCUGACGAAAAGUUUAGAUCAGGGGAUAAAGUUUACUCGUCCGGCGACCUUGUGCGCGCUGACAGCGGGGGCGCCGUGCUAUUCGCGUACACCUUUCCGAUGGAUAAUACGGCCAUGCCGUACUACUUUACACACGUGUCUGUGAGCUACGGGGAGUGGGAGGGAGGUGACGCGGCGAAGCCGAAGGCGUCGAACACAUCCAGCAGUGGUGGCGACAGCAGAGACGCCGUGCAGUCGACGCAGUCCACGCCAGUGCUGCGAAGGCUGCUGCUGAUUUCUUUGUUUCUGUUUCUCUUAUAUCAAGCGGCAGUCUCGGCGCACAACUAUUACGUGCUCGGCAAGCGUGACGUAAUGGACAUUGUCCCAUGCGCCCAGUCCGUGGCGGCAGGGGCGCGGACGGUGCAGCUUGUCGCUUUACGGUGCAUGGGCAUGCCGCGGCGGCACAAGGAGGGCUAUAACUCUUUACAGAAUCCGGACGAUCCCUACGCGUGA